CCCGGCCCCGUUCCCUUCGUCGAAGGCCGGAAAGAAGGCACCCAAGGUCAGUAGCAUUUAUUUUUACUCCCCUCGACAUCAUGGACCCUUGCCAGACCCUUUCCAGGUGAUGCUGACUUGAUGUGUAGAACCCUCUGAUCGAGAAGCGCACCCGCAACUUCGGUAUCGGCCAGGACAUCCAGCCCAAGCGCAAUCUUUCGCGCAUGGUUAAGUGGCCUGAGUACGUCCGCCUCCAACGCCAGCGCAAGAUCCUCAACAUGCGCCUGAAGGUCCCCCCAGCGAUCUCCCAGUUCCAGCAAGUUCUUGACCGCAAUUCCGCCGCCCAGGCUUUCAAGCUCCUCAACAAAUACCGACCUGAGACCAAGGCCGAGAAGAAGGAGCGCCUGGUCAAGGAGGCAACCGCCAUCAAGGAGGGCAAGAAGAAGGAGGAUGUCAGCAAGAAGCCCUACGCUGUCAAGUACGGUCUGAACCACGUUGUAGGCCUGAUUGAGAACAAGAAGGCCGCUCUCGUCCUGAUCCCCAACGAUGUCGACCCCAUUGAGCUCGUCAUCUUCCUGCCCGCUCUGUGCCGAAAGAUGGGUGUUCCCUACGCAAUCAUCAAGGGCAAGGCCCGUCUUGGUACGGUCGUCCACAAGAAGACCGCUGCCGUACUCGCCCUGACUGAGGUCCGCUCCGAGGACAAGAGCGAGCUCUCCAAGCUCGUGAGCACCAUCAAGGAGGGCUAUAUGAGCAACAUUGAGAACUCCCGGAAGCAAUGGGGUGGAGGUAUCAUGGGUGCCAAGGCCAACAUGAAGAUAUUCAAGAAGAAGAAGGCUCUUGAUGCCGCUAUCAAGGUCUAAGGUGGUUGUCUCUGAGGUUAUGGGUUGGGAGUUACAGCUUUGCACAGAACCGGCGUUGGAGGGGUCAAAAUGGAAUACCAGCCAACGGAUUUGCAUGACACCUACUCCACAUAAAACUCGCAGUUCCAUGAUAUCGAGAUUAACGUGAGCCGUCAUUUAUCAAUAUGUCGUAGCUCAGGUCCAUCUUCAACGAAAACUCGGGCAAAUGUCAUGAGGAAGCUUAAUGUAGCCAGCGAGCAUUUUAGUGCCGUGUCAUCUUGACAGGCUCGC